AGACUCACUUUGCCAAUUGCCACAACCCAAUUCCUGACUUUUCAUAUUAUGACGUCAUAACUGGUAAUCAGAAAUCAAUUAAAUUGAAAUUGAAUAAAAUUCGCAUUCGUACAGUUUACAUGUCUUGUGAAACCAAGAUACAAUUAUGCUGUCUAUAUGGAAUUUGACCAAUUCUUGUGGAGAUAUGAAAAUAUCUUCAACAAAAAGGUGGAGUAGUGAGCGUUUUCUCGGGCAGGCGAUGGUGAACAAGCCUAUCGAAGAAGCAUGGUUAAGAACACAGAGUUCGCCUUGCAUCUUAAGUUUGCUCGAAUAUGCCAGUACCAAGCACGAAUACCCACGGUUGUUCAUACAGAAAAUGGCGAGCGAAACAACUUUGGAAGAGUAUCGGACAAGAUCUCCGAUAACGAGAACAUGCAGCAUGCCAAAUUUAGAAUCUGCAUAUAUGAAUUCGGAAUGUGAAAAACAUGAAGCUACGGAAGCUCAUUUUGAAUACCCGGUGGAAAACUCGGUCCUAAUUCCUCAACCUCUAGGAGUCUUGUUGCCAAGCAAUUCUUCAUUGAGUGAGCACAAGAUUGCAGUUGAAAGCCUAUUAAUCGAAGAAAAUGUUGGUGUUUGCCUUGUGGAUUCAAAAGUUGACAUCGAAAACGAGCCUAUGAUACCCAGGCGAAACGAAAGACGAAUCUAUCUUCUUGGACAGAAACGAAAAUCGAAGGGAAAGAGAACAGCCAAUUUCAUGAAGUGCCUCUUUUAUCCAAUUGCUCGUUGUUUCGGUUGGCGUCGUCAAGAGAAAGACUAACAAAAUAUAUUUGAUACAAUCCUUGUGAGUGAGUGUGA